AGAAAUUCUGCAGUCCUUCCGACCCCUCUCCUGCCGGAAACCAAUUCUCGACAUGAAUGGGACUCAUCACGACUUCCGGCGGCGAGAGUCGAACCUCGACCUACGCCAACCUUCAAGAUAGCAGGGAAGCGGCCGAGCCAGGGGACUUCCCGUGCGGCCGUCGGGACCCUUUUUCAUCACAGGCCACUGCAACGCCGCGAGGAGUGUCGAGCGAGAGAGAUGAAAAAAGGAGCGAGAUCGCGUAACAAACAAUUAGCGCGCGCUCGCGUUUAGAAAGGAAAAGUGUUUGGCGCCCCUCCCCUUCGCCCUGACGGCCCCUCCCUCCCCGCCAGCGCGCGCUCGUAACGGGAAAGAGCGUGCGCUGGCUCUCGGGGGGCGGCGGCGUGGGUGCCGCCACUCCGAUGGUCCGCAGCGGACGCGCGCUCCGGCGUCUUCAGCAGUCAGUCGGUGCUUCAGUGGCCCAGCCGCAGCAGCCCUGCCGAGACAGUGACGAGCAGUGCCCCGAGUGACCCACGGACCCCUCCAGCAUCCAGCCCGGCACCGCACGCCCUCUCGACAGCAGAGGUCGGCCUGGACUCCAGAUGAGCGUGGUCGGGGCGCCGCUGCCGUGGUACUGCUUUUACCCGCGGGCACCCUUGCACCCGUCCAGCCCCCCUCCGGCGCCGGGGCGCCGCCAUGUUGUGGUGAGCAUGCGCGAGAAAGAUUCGAGCCCACGCAAGAUGAUCGGCCGCUACAGCGCCCGCGCCGACGGCGGUUCGCCCAAACAGGCCGCCGUCUACCCCGCCGAGUCGGCGCGCCACGUCGCGGCGCCGCCAGACGACGCCGACGAGCCGUUCGACUUGUCGAGACACUCGACGCCGCCCGCGGCGCCGCCGCCGCAGCAGGCCGGCGGCGACCACUCGCGCGAGGAGCAGCCGCUCGACCUGCGCAUGGAACACAAGAAGACGCGGCGCGACGAGAACCGCAACGUCGUCCUGCGCACCCCCUCCCCUCCGGCGCCGCAGCCACCUCCCCUUGCCGCCCUCUACCCCAUCGUGCUCGAAGCCAUGCAGCCGCACCGCUUCCGGCCCUACUCGGCCCCCUUCCUGCCGCCCCCUCCACCCGCCAACACCAAGGUGCUCGACAACAACAACAGUCCCUCGGCCGCCAACCACAACGUCCCGCCGACCACGCCCAACGGCACCAAACCCAGGGACAGAUACGCUUGCAAGUUCUGCGGAAAGGUUUUCCCGCGAUCGGCGAACCUAACGCGUCACCUGCGCACACACACGGGCGAGCAGCCAUACAAAUGCAAGUAUUGCGAGCGUUCGUUCAGCAUCUCGUCCAACCUGCAGCGCCACGUGCGCAACAUCCACAACAAGGAGAAGCCGUUCAAGUGUCCGUUGUGCGAGCGCUGCUUCGGCCAGCAGACCAACCUGGACCGGCACCUGAAGAAGCACGACGCCGACGGCCCGACCAUCCUCGACCCACGGGGUCCCACCGGAAUGCUCGGAGGGGCCCCCCGCGCCCCUCACGAAACCUAUUUCGACGAGAUCCGCUCGUUCAUGGGCAAGGUGGGCGCCGCCGCGCGUCGGCGCCGCUUUUCGGACGCGUCCAGCCCCGCGUCGUCGCCCGCCUCGGCGUCGCCGCCCUUGCACGAUUGACGUACGUGUGUACCUGAUGAGCGCCCCCCUCCACCACCCCCCCACCUCGAGUUACCAGCAUAUUUUCAUCCGUUCAUCGUUACUUAGUAGGCUUAAGCGUUCAUUAUUUUUUUUGUCGUGGUCACCAUUCAUUCAUACAUACUUAACCCUUUCAUCGUUUUCAUCGAUUAAUUUAAUUUAAUGUCAUCCUCAUUAACCAUCGUCACCCCGCGCUGCAUCACCUAACUUAUUUUUAAAAAAAAAACGUCCGUCCAUUUCUCCUCACACGAGCACAGCCUCUCCCCUCCAUCGAAUGAAACUGCCAAACAGAAAAAUCCCUCAUUCCAGCGAGCUGUGAUCACGCGAGCAAUUUUCUGCCGCUCACUUGAGAGAGACAUUGCGUUGUUUUCAAUCAACAAAUUUAUUUUCAAAUUGAAGAACAUGCAAAUGUCUCUUGUAAUUUUAGCGGUCGAUAUUUUCAUGAAAUUCUAGAAGAAAAAAGUUCAAAUCCUUUCCGACAUUCUCAAAUUUUGCUUUUACUCCAAUUUUUGUUCCUAGCAACGAGUGCAAUGAUUUUUUUUUUUUUAAAUAAUUUUGUUAUUAGUGAAAACCUUGGUUCGGUUUCGUUGAAGGAACUGACGCCUCUUGUGUAAAUUUCCUCGCAAAUAAUUUGUACUUAGUAAAAUUUAGCAAACGAGAAUUUUAACUUGAUAAUUUUUGAUCUGCUAGUCACUUUGGAUCGUGCUGUAAAAUUUAUUCCUUGCUCUCUUAUUUUGUGAAGAAAAAAUUAUCCCUUAAGUGGUGUGUGUAAAUAUACGUUUUUGUUCAAAGCUUCAACUUAGCUUUUCUUCUCCCCGUUUCUUUUCUGUCCUCAAGUUUAAGAAUUUGCGAAAAUUGCUCCAGCGUCGAUUGUUCGGUCGACGCUAAAUCUCUUUUCCAUCAAUGUAGACAAGUAAAAUUAUGUAUCAAAUAAAAAAUAAAAGUGAAAAAUGAGAAAUUAUA